CAGUGAAGAGAAGAGAAGAGAAGCUAAGCUAGUAGGUAGGUGGUGGGUUAGCUCGAUCGCCAAGUGUUCGACCGAGGAGCGAAGAAGAAAUGGGGAACAACCUGAGAUGCUGCCUGGCGUGCGUGCUGCCGUGCGGCGCGCUGGACCUGGUCCGGAUCGUGCACCUCAGCGGCCGCGUCGACGAGUACGGCCGCGCCGUGUCCGCCGGCGAGGUGCUGGCGGCGCACCCCAACCACGUUCUGAGCCGGCCGUGCUCGUCGCAGCAGGGGGCGGCGGGGCGGAUACUCAUCGUGUCGCCGGAGUCGGAGCUGGAGCGCGGCGAGAUCUACUUCCUCAUCCCCGCCGCCUCCGUCCCCGACGCCAAGAGGAGGACGAGCACCGGCGGCGGCGGCGCCGGCCGCGGGCACCACGUCCGCAGCAAGUCGGAGGGCAGCGCCGUCGCCGCCGAUCGGUUGGGCAGCCCGGCCGGCAGCGCGUCGCCGGAGACGACGAGGAUGAUGAGGGCGCAGAAGCAGCAGCACCAACACCGGCGGCGCAUGAGCACCGGCAGCCAUGCCUCGCCGUGGCAGCCGCACCUCUCGUGCAUCACCGAGGAUCCCUGAGCUAGCGCCUAGCUUAAUUUCUUUUUCUUCUCUGAAUUCACAGUGGUUUUUUUGCCUGGUGUGUAAAUUUCCUCUGGUGCCCGGUAAAUAUUUUUAUUCACCUUUUGUGUUAGUGAUGUGCCGAUUUUACAUUCUGAAAUCAACAACUGUGUAUAAUUUUCGAAGCACAAAGCGACUUCCAUUCUAUCUUCUUGUAUCUUCGAACAACAUUUUGCAACUUCUUUUUAAAGUUCAUUUGGGUUUACCAAAGCGAACGAACUUGUUCAUACAAAAUUAAACAAGUCGGCAGCUCUGAUUGAUGCGAAA